GAAAAGCUACUUUCAGUUCGUUCUUUCAUCGAUCUUAUAAAUAGCGUAGCGUUCGUCAAACUUGCAAGAUUUGUUCUGUAAUUCUUUAUACCUGCAAAAUGACAAAAUUUGUAAAACUUCUUGUUCUGAUUCUAUCAUUUACUGCAUAAUGAAAGGAGCUGCUUCAGAAGACAAUUGUGAUUUUCAAGAAGUUAACAAGUGCUUCAAGGCAUCUGAGUUUGAUAUGUCUGUGCUAUCCAGAAAUAAAACUAAUUUUUGCAGUCACCAGUUGAGGAAUCUGCAAGAAUGCUUAGAGGCACAGAACACAACAUGUUUUAAUGAGCCACAAUACCAACUCAGUAUUCAGUCCUUCAGCCCAUCAGUGUUUGGAUGCGAAGGUACUUCUAGUCACCAGUGUGAUCCACAGGCAAUGCAAAACUGUCUUAAAAAAUUAGAUUUAUCCUCGGUGUCUACAAAUGCAACGUCAUUUUGCAGUUUUAAGCUGAAGAAUGCAUUAUCCUGCUUGGAAGCCUACAAAGAAGUGUGUUCCACCUCUUCACACCUCAGAUUAUACAAUGCUUUUGUAUCAACACUGCAGCCAGAGCUGUAUGGAUGUUCCGGUUCUUUUGGGGAACAAUGCGAAAUGUUUUCAGUUGCGGGAUGCAUUCAGAGAUUUAACAUUCACCGCAUGUAUCAUCUCGAAGCUACAGGGACGUGGAGGUACCAUGAAAGUCUUUGCCAACACCUCAGAACAGCCAAGAGUUGCCUUGCUCCGUUUGAAACACCUUGUAAAAAUAAUCCCUCAUUUACACCUUGACCUCGACCUCACCCAAUGUGUAGUAACCACAAAACCUCCAUUAGUUGUGUAUUUACACCCGGUGAAUUAUGAAACCAGCGCAUCAGCCAGAGCCAUUUUCCAUGGGAUAAUGAUGACUUUAUCGCUUUCAUUACUAUUUGGCUUCAUAAAUUGAACUAAGACCAGUAGCAGGUUUAUCUACAUUGUAAUAAUUGCCACACCUAAACAGAAAAAAAUCUUGAAAAAUAAAAUAUGAAAGAAUUAAUACAAAGGGUUUUUGCAAGUUGUAUUUUUCAGAUA